GCAUCACUGCCCAAUCAGCUGUGCCGCAUGGGCAGCACUGUUCUGGUAAACACGCGCGGAUCGACCGCCGUUUUUAGCCAAAUAAAUACAGAAAGUAAAGCCGGAUCGUAGCUUUAUCGCGAUUUCCGGUUAACGCAACUCCCAUAGCCAAUCCCUCCCCCACCCGACGGCCAUGCUGGCGAAUCUGCAAGGCCGCAGCGGCCACCUGUUGCGUCACGGCCUCCAGAACGCCAGGAUUUGGAGGCGCAGCUGGGCGAGCUCAUCUGCUGGAAAGGAUUCCAAGGAUUCCCCUUCUGCGGAGCACGAUAGCCUAACCAUUGGCGAUGUCAGCGUGCGACUGAGCAGGCCCAAGGAUCCGCAGCUGGUGCCACAGCAAUACGUCAAAUAUGCCGAUGAUGGCAGCCUGCAGCUGUCGCAGUCGGCGCUGCACCACCUGCGCUGGAUGCUGCAGAAGACGCACUGCGUCAGGACAUGUUCCUGCUGGCCAGGGGUCCGCUGCGCCGCCAGCUGGCCGCUGCAGUUCCUGGAGCUGACGCAGCGCGAGGUGGAGUACGUGGCGCUCAGCAGGGACACCGAGAGCGACCUCAAGCAGCGACGCGAGAUCCCGACAAGGCGGCCGUCUACCACGACCAGGGCGCGGUGCGAGCGGCCCUCAAUGGCCGCGUCCUCAUCCUCGACGGCGUGGAGCACGCGGAGCGGAACGUCCUGCCCAUACUGAACAAUCUGCUGGAGAAUCGCGAGAUGCAUCUGGAGAGCGGCAAGUUUCUGAUGUCGCCCGAGCGGUACGACAA